AACGGUGUCCACCCGUUCGUUUUAUUCACUGAAACCUGAAGCAAAGACGGAAACAACUGCGAGGCAUCCUCUCGGGCACCUUUUCUUCUCUGACGCGGCUGUGCUGGGGGCGUGUCCGUGUUGACAGACCCUCCUGCCAUCUGAGAUUAGUUAGCCGAACAUUAUCCUGCUAUCAACUUUACAGGGAGGCUGUCUACUUACGUUGACAGAAGAUGUUUUUUGCCAAAAGCCUUAUCAGUGGCAUCAUUGAUGUUGUCAGCAACAUCGACCCAGCCCAGUUUGUCCCCUCUGAACCUCCUCCACCACGCAGGCCUGCUGUGUAUGCGGAGCAGCACGAGAGCGAUGAGGAGAAGCAGUUCCGCAGAGUCUUCCAGCAACUCGCUGGAGAAGACAUGGAAGUAAGCCCAACUGAGCUGAUGAACAUCUUGAACAAAAUCAUUUCAAAACGUGGAGACCUGAAGACGGAUGGUUUCAGCAUUGAGUCGUGUAGGAGCAUGGUGGCAGUCAUGGAUAGUGACAGCACUGGAAAACUCGGCUUUCAUGAAUUCAAACACCUCUGGAACAAUGUAAAGAAAUGGCAGGGAGUGUACAAGUCCUACGACACAGAUGGCUCCGGUGUCAUUGGUGCAGAUGAGUUGCCCAAUGCCUUCAGAGCUGCAGGCUUCCCCCUCAACGACCAGCUGUUCAACAUGAUCAUUCGCAGAUACAGCGAUGAAAGUGGGAACAUGGAUUUUGACAACUACAUUGGCUGCCUUGUGAGGCUGGAUGCCAUGUGCCGUGCCUUCAAGACCCUGGAUAAAGAUGGCAAUGGGACAAUCAAAGUCAAUGUUCAAGAGUGGCUUCAGUUGACCAUGUACUCUUGAGUCCAGAGGUCGUCUCUCCUGCUUGUUUUAUGGAACCACUUUCUUAUUUUCUACACAGUACAACAUAUUUUAGCAACUAUCCCCACUAACCUGUUUUUUUUUCUUCAGAAAAUCCUGUGUGCACAGGUUUCCUUGAAUGUUAAUGGAAUGCAAGUUUUGUGUUCACUGUUCCAUUAUACAUGCAAAAGACAGAAUUUGCCAGUAUUUUAAAUGUUACAGCAACCGAGAGAAGCACAAACCCUUACUCAUUAAAGAACCCUCAGCUGAGGUUCAAAGCAGGAUUCAGGAGCAUAAAGAUGAUCGUAUGUUUAAUUAGUGUCAUUUGAUCUGCUUGUUUGCCAUUUACGUUCGAUCUUCCUCAUGCCUGGGGAGGAAGGCCAACAUCCAAAUGUUUUCAUAGUGAAUUUUGUGAAAAAACGUUAAAGCAGCGAACCUUAUAUGCCUGGUAUUAGUUUUACAUAGUGUAUGUUAUGCUGCGUUCCACUGCGUGGAACAGCUCAACUUACUCGGACUAGUUUCCCAUUUGGAUCAGUUGUGUAUAGUACUUGGUCCAUGGUAAAAAAAAAAAUCAGAAGCACCUCAGCCAAGAUUCAAAGCAACGUUAAAAUGCUGAAGACCACUUAUUUGUCAGAGGGAAUCAUGAAAGGUUGCUGUUGAAAGGAUUGGAUAGGUCUUCUGUUUAUGUGACAGUCUCAAUGGUGUGGCUUUGUCGAACAGUUGAUCAACCCGUCACACUGAGGGGGGUACUCUCAGGCGGAAACAGAAAACACAAAAGCUUCUGGUACCAACAUUUUUGGAGUUGAGUAGAGCCGUACCAUACAGUAGACACACAGCUUUAUAAGGGUCUGUGACAUUAGUUUUUUUCUGAGCCUGUGAAAUUGCUACAUCCUUAGCUGUGGCUUAGUUUGCCAUGCUUUUUGUUUCAACGACCACCUACGAAGGUGUUUCCAUCUUUCCAAUAUCGGUCUAGGAACAGUGUGGGUGUGUAUGGACUUUUUAAGUGGCAUCUUCAUCUCUGCUGUUAUUCUUUUCACAUGUAGCGUUCAUAUAAAUGCAGGAAGUUUUGUGACCCCCUAAGAUAAUUUUAAGAAAAAGCUCCAACCAAUUUCACCCAGAACAGAGAACUACACGUACUUCACACUAACUGAAAACAUCUGUGAGGAUGUGCAGGGCCUUUAGGUUUGUUAUGGCAAAACCAGAAAUCCGUACUGUAAAGGUCCUAUAUAUGGCAUUCAGAGCUGCUAACUACUACUAGCUAUGUAAACAUAUUGUGUAGUUUUGUCUACCUGAGCAGAGAAUGAGGCCACUCCCCUCUGUGUGUUUUAAUCCCAGUGUCUCUGUGCUUUGUUUACUUAGCUAGUUUCUGCAUGCAUGCAAGUCUCUGUGUGUUCACUGGCUAGCUAAUUUCUGCCGCUGUGCUAUGCGCUAACACAGCACUUAAUGCUGAUAACAUCUCUGCUAACACCUAUAAUGCCACUUUAAGUUCAAACAGGGAGUAAACACAUCAAAUGUUCAGGUAUUGUGGCUUAGUAAACCUCUUAACAGGUUGAAGUUGGAUGGAUCUAUUUUGAGAAUCAUUUGUGGUCACCAAAUCCCAUUUACUCAUAAAAAUCAUAGGGUGCAGUUGUACCAUUCUAAUCGGUGCAACACCACAGGAAUGUAAUGAAAUGGCUCUAACUGUUUAUUAGACCAAAAUGAAAUGGUCUUUGUGAAACCAGCCCCAAACCCAUUGACAUGAUAUUUUUGUUCCAAAUAAUAAGGUUGAUAUGUGAAUUAUGGCACUUUUGCACUGCAGCCUAACUCAAGCAGAUCAUGCUAUAAUACACUCCAUUAUUUUUGCACUAAGUUGCAUUGCAUUGAUUACAGUUAAUGCAUAGUGGUCAGGAAUGCCAGUGUCCUUUCCUAAUAGAAAUAUCUAACAACUCAAGAGACAAUGUUUUGUUUGGCAAUUAAUAUUUAAAAUAUAAUGUGUAAUGCUGGUAAUACAACUCUGCCAUGGUAUUCUCUAUGUUCAGCUAACCAUUACUUAUCACUGUACUGUGUACUUAUUCAAAUUGCCUGCACCAGAUAAUGCCAGCACAACCUGUAAAUUGAUAAUAUAUAUAAUGUGUAUGCCACUAAUGCAUGCAGCCAAUAGCAAAGGUGCCAAUAGUAAACAUUUUUAACCAUGUAGUUUGCCACAGUCAUUUAACUGUUAAUAAUGCUUAGUAAAAUAAAUACCUGUGCCAUAUUUGGAAUAAUGUUA